GCGAGGCUCGCGCCGCUGAGCUCCGCGUCGAAAAGAGCCGCGGCGGCGGCGACGACGGGGCGGCGCGUGGUGCGCUCCAAGUCGUCUCUUCCGCCCGGUGAGUCAGCUUCGCCUCCGAGGAGCGGCGACGACGGGACCGUCGCUAAGAAGGGCGAGCCCCUCUCCGGGCUCAAGGGGAUGGGCCCGGGGUCCGUCGCGGCGCUGGCGGAGAUCGGGGUGUACACGGUGGAUGAUCUGGCGGCGAUGUCGGACGACGCCGUGGACGAGGCCAAACGGAACAGGCCGAGGCUCAAGCUCUCGCACCUGAGGAAGGUUGCCAGAGCCGCGGUGGAGCCGGAUCGUUGACCGAUCGUCGAGCGAACGCGAGUGGAGGUUGUGGGGGGACGAGCGUCGAGGGAUUAGUCUCGGUGAUGAUUAGGCCAAGUGUUGGCGCAUUUGUGACGAUUCAGAUCGGUGCU